AUGCAGCGAAAUAACUUCACAGAAGUGACAGAAUUCAUCUUCUUCGGAUUCUCUAGCUUAGGAAAACAUCGGAUCAUCCUGUUUGUCAUUUUUCUAAUCAUCUAUAUUUUAACCCUGGCUAGUAACAUCAUCAUUGUGACAAUUAUUUACAUUGAGCAUCAUCUCCACACUCCCAUGUACUUCUACCUGAGCACGCUAGCCAGUUCAGAGACUGUGUACACACUGAUCAUUAUCCCACGAAUGCUUUCCAGUCUCAUUUUUCAUAAACAGCCCAUCUCCCUGGGAGGUUGUGCAACCCAGAUGUUCUUUUUUGUCACUUUGGCCACAAACAAUUGCUUCCUGCUCGCAGCAAUGGCCUAUGAACGCUUUGUGGCCAUUUGCAAGCCCCUGAGGUACACAGUUAUCAUGAGCAAAGGAAUGUGUGCUCAGUUGGUAUGUGGCUCUUUUGGCACUGGUCUGGCUAUGGCGAUUCUCCAAGUGACAGCCAUGUUCAAUUUACCUUUCUGUGGCACAGUCAUGGAACACUUUUUCUGUGACAUUUACUCUGUCAUGAAACUUUCUUGCAUUGAUACCACUAUCAAUGAGAUAAUCACUUAUGGUGUAAGUUCAUUUGUGAUUUUUGUGACCGUGUGCCUGAACUUCAUCUCCUAUGUUCUAAUUAUUUCCUCCAUCCUUAUGAUUGCCUCAGCAGAGGGUAGGAAGAAGACUUUUACUACCUGUGCCUCACACCUCACUGUGGUCAUUGUCCACUAUGGCUGUGCCUCCAUUGCCUACCUCAAGCCCAAGUCAGAAAAUUCUGUAGACAAAGAUCUUCUUCUUUCUGUGACUUACAUCAUCAUCACUCCCCUGCUGAACCCUGUCAUUUACAGCCUGAGGAACAAGGAGGUCAAGGAUGCCCUAUGCAGAGCUGUGAGCAGAAAUGUUUCUUAA